AUGGCGCCCGGACUGGUCGAUACGGAUGCCCCGCACCCUUCGUCGACUGGAGUCAAGCGGUCCAUCUUCCCAGACGGCCUCAAGACCACGGGACAACAGCCCCCCGUGUAUUCUCAAGUUCGUCCGUACUCCGAAUUUCCCAAGGUGCAGACGGGACCUACUGUGUGGAAAGCCGAAGACUAUCGCAACAACCCCGAGCUCUGGACCCAUGAAUUCAGCGCCGAGGAGAUUGCAGAAAUCAGUGCAGCGGCCGAUACUUUUAUCGCUGACGGCACGCCUCUGACUGGGAUCACCAAGAGUAACUUCCCACUUCCCAAAUUGUCGAUCCGGCUGGAAGAGCUGCGGAAAGACCUGCUGGACGGUAAAGGCUUCUGGUUGUUCCGUGGUCUUCCCGUCGCGGAAUGGGACCUUCAAAAAAGCGCCACUGCAUACAUGGGCCUGGGUACCUAUCUCGGGUACUUUGUAAGCCAAAAUGGAAAGGGUCAUGUUCUCGGUCAUGUCAAAGAUUUGGGAGAGGACCCGACCAAAACUGACAGAGUGCGGAUCUACCGUACAAAUGCUCGGCAAUACUUCCACACAGAUGGGUCGGACAUUGUUGGCCUUCUCUGCAUUGCGAAGUCCAUGUCGGGAGGCGAAUCAGAUAUUGCGUCCACACACCACCUUUUCAACGUGCUGCAGGAGAGACAUCCUGACGUCGUUCAAACAUUGUGCGAGCCCAACUGGUACUUCGAUCGCAAGGGCGAGGUGAGCGAGGGCGAAGAAGGCUGGAUUCGAGGCAGUAUUUUCUAUCUGGAAAAUGAUCGAAGCUCGAACCCUCGUGUCUAUGCACGAUUUGACCCCAUGAACGUGACGUCGCUUGCACGCUUCAACUCCGGGCCCAAUGCAUCCAUUCCGCCAUUGUCGGAGAAGCAGAAGUAUGCCAUGGAGGUUUUCGAAAAGACCUGCGGUGAACUGGCCCUCCAUAUGAUCCUUGCACCUGGAGACAUCCAGUUCCUGAGCAACUCUCAAGUGUUCCAUGCCCGAACGGCGUACACGGAUCAUCCCCCGGGUGCCGUAGAUGAGAAUGGCCGGCCGGCCCGACGCCGACAUCUGAUGAGACUCUGGCUGUCUGCGCCAGAAUCCGAAGGUGGUUGGAAGCUGCCAUAUCGUGACAGUCUGGAGAAGAAGCGCGGUGGCAUCCAGGUCAAUGACACGCCGCCUGUGUGUCCUUUGGACGCCGAGUAA